UCUAUCCGAGCGCAGCAAAUCCGACGUCUACACUCGAAACGACGACGAAUCCAAUCGACCUGUCCCCUCUCGCGAUCCCGGCUUCGAUCUCCUCCAUCCGCCCCCCCAAAUCCGAUCCCGUUCUCCCUCUUGUUUCGAUCGAUUCCCGCCGCACGAUGGCUCGCUACGGCGGAUUUUAGGGUUUGCGGGGCGCGGAAGUUGGGACCCGGGCGGUGGGGAUGGAUUCCGAUGAGGACAUGCAUGACGCGGUAGAUCUCGAGUCGGUGGACGACGAUUUCUACAGCGGGGAGACGGGGAUGGACGGCGAGGACGGCGGUGCUGACUAUAAUUUCGUUGACCACGUGUUGGAUGAUUCCGAGGACAUCACCUCGCGUCGCCAGCAGCAGAACUGUAUCAUAUUGAGUGAGACUGAUAUUCGGCAGCUUCAGGAGGAAGAUAUCAAUAGAGUAUCUACUGUACUUUCAAUACCAAGAUAUGCAGCAUGCAUUCUUCUUCGUCAUUGUAAUUGGAGUAUUAGUAGGGUGCAUGAUGAGUGGUUUGCAGAUGAAGAGCAUGUUCGGAAGGCUGUUGGUUUGUUGGAGACAGUGGUGAAAAUGCGAAAUGGUAGAGAACUAAAUUGUGGGAUUUGUUUUGAUAACUAUCCUCGUGACAUGAUGAGUUCUGCAUCAUGUGGUCAUCCUUUUUGUGGGGCUUGUUGGAGAGGUUACAUUAGUACAUCUAUUAGUGAUGGCCCGGGAUGCUUAAUGUUGCGAUGCCCUGAUCCUUCUUGUGGUGCUGCUGUUGGACAAAAUAUGAUUGAUGUAUUGACUACUGAUGAGGAUAAAGAAAAGUACUCACGUUAUCUUCUUAGAUCUUAUGUUGAAGAUAAUAAAAAGAUGAAAUGGUGUCCUGCCCCUGGUUGUGAGUUUGCUGUGGAAUUUGUUAUGGGCAGUGGAAGUUAUGAUGUUUGUUGCAGCUGUUCAUAUAACUUUUGUUGGAAUUGUACUGAGGAAGCUCAUAGGCCAGUUGAUUGUGUUACAGUAGCAAAGUGGAUUCUGAAGAACUGUGCUGAAUCUGAAAAUAUGAACUGGAUAUUAGCCAACUCAAAACCUUGUCCAAGGUGCAAACGUCCAAUUGAGAAAAACCAAGGAUGCAUGCAUAUAACAUGCACACCUCCUUGUAAAUUUGAAUUUUGCUGGUUAUGUCUUGGACGAUGGUCAGAACAUGGUGAGAGAACAGGUGGUUUCUAUGCUUGUAAUCGCUAUGAAGCAGGAAAACAGGAAGGAGCGUAUGAUGAAUCUGAAAGGCGGAGAGAAAUGGCUAAAAACUCUCUUGAGAAAUAUACACAUUAUUACGAAAGAUGGGCUACCAAUCAAUCGUCGAGGCAUAAGGCACGUGCAGACCUACAAAGUAUGCAAACUGAGAAGCUUCUGAGGUUAAGUGACAUGCAAAGCCAACCAGAGUCCCAACUCAAGUUUAUAAUAGAAGCUUGGUCACAGAUUGUGGAGUGCAGGCGGGUAUUAAAGUGGACAUAUGCCUAUGGUUAUUACCUUCCAGAGCAAGAACAUGCCAAGAGACAGUUCUUUGAGUAUUUGCAAGGUGAAGCUGAGUCUGGGUUAGAACGCCUUCAUCAAUGUGCAGAGAAGGAACUCCAAGUCUAUCUUGAUGCCGAAGGUCCUAUGAGCGAUUUUAAUGACUUCCGUACAAAGUUAGCUGGGUUGACCAGUGUGACUAGGAACUAUUUUGAGAAUCUUGUUCGAGCCCUGGAGACUGGAUUGAAGGAUGUGGGUUCUUCCAGCAACCAAACCACAUGCAGCAGGAGUUCAAGCUCCAAGAUGUUGGACAACAAAAACAAGGGUGGAAAGAUCAAAGCAGCUGGGACCAGCUGUGGAUUAGGAGCUCCUAGCCGCAGCCUGGAUGACAGCAAUCUCUGGUCUUGCGACCGCUGCACCUACGCCAAUCCCAGGUCCACUAGGUCAUGCCAGAUGUGCGAGUAUCGCAGGUAGUAAAGUGCAGAUACUCCUGCAAUAUGUGUAAAGUUUGCCCCUGAACCUGUUUCAGUGGCUUGUGUUGAUAGAACACGCUCCUGUGAUGCCAGCAAGAAGGUGUUUUAUCAUCAUAGGUUAUAACUUGCCAUGGAAGAGGGGAAAGUAGCAGGCAUGCCAAGAGAGAGAGAGAGAGAUUACUGCUGGGCGUCAUGUAAUCGAUAUUUGUUCUCUGUUUGUAUAUAUUAAAGUAUUAAACAACUGUAUGUUCUAUGAAGCAUAGUUCAGCA